GCAAGAGAUUUUGUAUGGAGUUAUUAUCAAAAUAACGACGCAGCUUCUCUCCGUCGGUAAAACAUAGUAGCCUGUUUAACGCCUGAAGUCGGAUAAUUAUUUACAAGCUGAGUGGAAGUAUUGACAGGCGGCCUGUUGUCAACUAACCUUUAUGUUAGCUUGACAGCUAACAGGUAUAUCGAUGUUUGUUUGGCUCCCAUAACGUAGCUAACUUUAGCUUCGACUAAAGCCGCCGACUGUCAAAAGAUCAGGUGGAUGCUGCGGUGACAGGCCUCACAGGAGACAAGAUGAUGUUUCCAGAUGCUGAUGCAGAGGCGGUCGUGUCAGGUGGCAAAGGGAAGGGGAAGAGAACCAAAACCCUAUCAUUCGAUGACUGCGUAUGUCCGGUGUGCUUGGAGAUGUUUUUGGAGCCUGUGACGCUGCCCUGCACACACACGUUCUGCAAGGUCUGUUUCUUGGAGUCUGUGGACAAAAGCACGCUGUGCUGCCCCCUUUGCAGGAAGAGGGUUUCCACGUGGGCCCGACAGAACAACAAGAACAAGACGCUGGUCAACGAGCAGCUGUGGAGGCAAAUUCAGAUCAGUUUCCCCCAGCACUGUCAGCGUCGGCUCUGCGGGCAGGACGCCAUCACCGAGGACGAAGUGGGAGUGUUUUUCCCCAGAGUCAGUCAGCCUGGAGAGCUGAGACAAGAAUAUCAGGAGCAGGUCACCAAACUGACAGAGGAAAAGCGAGAGCUGGACGAGGAGGAACAACGGGCCAGCGAGGAGUACAUCCAGAGACUCCUGGCCGAGGAAGAGCAGCUGCUGAAGGAGGAGAGGAGGAGGCGGGAGGAGGACGAGCGACUGGCCAAAGUGCUCAGCAAAGAACUGAACGCUGCUUCCGUCUCCCAGGACAACCAGCAUCCUGACAUCCCUCCUACCAGGAAGAAAGUAAACAUAGGACAAAUAGAAAAGUACUUGUAUCGUCUUCCGUCUAAAUCCAACAAGGAGAACAUCCUCCUCUCCCAGGACAAGCGUCUCCCUGAGCUGGACUUCUACGGGCCUCCUUCAGCAGACCAAUCAGAAGUUGUGUGCGUCAGUCCACUCUCUGCGUUUUCGCUAGCGGAGGGGGAGGGGCGCGAUAGGAGCCUCGCCAGCGGAGGGGGAGGACUCCCUCAGGUGGACUUCUACGGGCCUCCUUCAGCGGACCAAUCAGAAGUUGCCUUCGUCAGUCCACUGUCUCCGUUUUCCCUGGCUGAGGGGGAGGGGCGCGAUAGGAGCCUCGCCAGCGGAGACGAAGGACCCUCCUCGGUAAAGCGGAAGAGCUCUGAGCUGGAACAGGAGCCGGAGGAGACCUACAUCAAGCGAGGCCGAGGUCACUGGCUCCCCCUUUCCUCUUCUUCCUCCUCCUACUACUCUUCCUCGCCAGAAACCGGAACGACUGUGCUGCGCGGGCUGGUUGAAUUGGAGGCAGAGCUUCAGAGUCGGCGGCGUCAGGAGGAGGAGGACCGGCAGAUGGCACUGCUCCUGCAGCAGGAGCUCAACAAGGAGGAGAGGCAGCGACACACUGACAGGCGCAAAGGAUCUGCCGACGCCUACCCGCUACGACGUAAAAGCCUCGCCCACAGGGCCGCAAGGACUAAAAAGACCUCCCCCCCAGCCACCGCCAGCUCUUUUGCUGAGUCUUCUCUGGAUUCAUCCAGCCCCUCCUCCUCCUCCUCUUCUUCCUCCUCCAGCAGAGGGAGCAAGCAGACCACCCUAACGGACUUGUACCCCAACUUGGGCAUCUGAACCCCCCAAACUCUGACUCACUGUUCCGAGACUUCCUGCCUUCAGUCUUGUUCCAGAAGUAAAAAACAUUUCCACACACCUUAAAACAAAACACUCACGCCCAGUCAGCUCCAGGAGACCAGGACUUAGUCAGGACUGUUUCUCUGCACAGGUGGUUCCUUUUCUAACGUUUAAAUUGGUAAAACAAGCUUAAAAGGCAUUGCUAUAUUUUUUCAUUUUAACAAAAAUAGAAAGUUGCCCUCUGUUUGCUGUUUUCAGAUAAUUGCUGCUCAGUUAUUUCAGAUGUUUUACAUUUCAUAGACAAAAUGAGUCAAUGCAUUGAAACAGACACUGCAGGACAUUUGUCUCUGAGAGCAUUGUACUGAUCGUUUUAUCGGAAUACUCUGCACAUCAAACGCCUUAUUUUUGCCUUCAUUGUAGUGGAUGACUGUAAAGAUCCAAUCUGGACAGUUUGAACAUGGAUUACAUGAGCUAGUUUAGUUCAUGCUGCUGACAAGGUUCCUCUGUUCAGGCCAUCAAGCUGGAGCAGUUGUGUGUGGAGUGUGAUAUCGCUUCCUGUUUGGCUGCAGAUUCUUUGUCUUUUAUAAGAAAUAAAAAGCUGAACUGUG